AUGGCGCCCUUCCCUGGAAGUGCCACGCGGGUUUCAGCCAAUCACAGCGCGCCGUUCAAGUCGCCCGUUGGCCCAACUUUGGUGCUCUUUCCACCGCCUGUUUUCACUUUUAUUGACUUGAGCUCGCCAACGUCGUCUCUUCGCCGCCUGUUUUCGCGAUGCUGCCGGACCGAGGGGGCCUCAUUCCGCUCCAUGUUCGGACUCGGGGUCGCGCGAGACCGUGGUGAGGUGGAAAAGGGCGAGAAGGACGAGGAAAAGAUGUAUGGAUGGCGUGUGUCCAUGGCGGUGACGCUGGGCCUGCUUUGGUACUUCACCGACUCCGGACGAGCUCUCGCUCAGUAUUUUGUCUGUUUCUUCUUUUUUUGCCUUUCCACGCCGCUUUUGCUGGCCGACAGCGGCCGGGAGAGCAGCACGCAAACCGACGAGGACGCCCUCCAGGAGACUCUUGAUGAGCACUUUAGUAGCGACUUAACUGCAGAAGGUAAUGACAACGACACUGGGGGCUCCUUGGGGUGCCACUAUCCUCGUGCCAAAAGAUCUCUUCAGCAAGUGUUCCAGUGCGCUUAUGCUCGGCUGGUGUUGCCGUGGUACGACGUUCCUGAGCCGUGCGAGCGCCAGCCCCUGCACCAGGCGCUCAGCAGGGAGUUUGACUUCGUCAUCGACAGCGUUAUCCAACACACGCGGGACUUGGACGUCUGUCAAGCAGUGGUGGGCUCCAUUCGUAUUCUGACGCAGCACUUGCAUGACGCAAAGCACCCCGACAGGCAGCUUUUUUUGAGGUGCAGAGCUGAAGAGAUCGCGCUGCUCCGAGAGCUCUCGGAUGCUCUAGUACGUAACCUGCUUCCCGAGCAGCUGUGGGGCCAACAAGUCACCCGCUGUGCCUUGAGUGAGAUCGUUGCCUUAAAGGGUCUUGGCCUGUUGGUGACAUGGUUGUCUGACCCUGACAACCUGAACCAGCUGGUGGUGAGUCAGCUUGACAGCGUAUCUGCUAAAGGUUCUACAGAGGAGCUGAGAGCCUCCGACCCAGAACGAGCCUCUCUGGACUCGCAGGAGGACGACAGCGCUCAAGUGAACUUGGAGGGAGUGGAAGUUUCCACCAGCAGCCAGAUUAAGGGCAAAGGCAAAGGCAACAAGUUGAAGGCGGGCUGGUCCAAAUUUGUGGAUAAGAUGAAGACCAAGAAGGCCAAGAAGAAGAAGAUGAAAAAGCUUGAGCGAGAGCUGGUGAUGAGGAUCAUGGCGGCCCGGGGAGACGCAUCCAACGAGGAUGAGGCCAGCAGCAGGGAGGGCUCUGUGCACAGUCAGCAUGACUCCGACCGGGAGGACAGCGAUCUGGAGAACUACCUGACAAGCGUCCAAGAGGACAUGAUGGAAUUCAAGCUGUCUUAUGAAAUGUGGCGCGUCGGCCGUUGGGCAGUCAGCAUCCCUCAUGCUGAGUGGGAAAAUGAGGAGCUAAUCUUCACGGUUCAUCUGGAAGAGAGGGACAGCCCUGAAAACCUACAGUGGGACAUCAAGAAGAAAUACAUGGAUGUCAUCUAUUUCAGAAACAGGUGGCAGGACUCCACCAGCUUGCCCAGUAUCUUGGAGGUCAAUGAGCUGGAGGUCAGCAACGAGACCAAAGAAGAAGCAAAAGUUUCCGUGGAGCACUUCCUGCAGGAAUUAAUAUCUGACACUCUGAUUGGGCACACACAACCGGUGUUCCAGUUCCUCUGUCCACUGGACAAGCUGCUGAAUGAAGAGCAGCAUUACGGAGGCGUGUGGGGCUUGCUGAGCGGCUUGGCUUACUUCCUCACUCCUGGACAAGAGGAUGAAGAGAGCUCUACCCCGCCGACAGGAGCCUCUAAAGAAAUCAUCAUGUCCACAGAAGGUUCGGAAAACUCCCUUGGCUCCACGGAGACGAGCUGUGCUGUUAGGACCGUUUCGCUUCCCACCGUUGUCAUCUCCUCCUGCGAGACGCCCAAAGCAGACAAUAUGGAAACAGAAAAGGAGCCAUCCUCAUCUUUAAGCUCAGACUCUUCCGUUGGAAACUGUUGCCAGGACAAGGCGGAGGAUUCUGACAAUCCUUUAAUGCACUUUAAAAUGAUCAUCAGGGGACUAACCAGAUCCAGAUCGCAGGAGUCGCUGACUUCCACCAAAAACCAGAGCGACGAGGACCCGUCCCUGUCGGACUACGCGCCAACCUGCAGCCGCGAAGGAGGGAAUCACGGGGAGGACGCCGCCAAUGGGCCGUCGUGGUUGCAUUUCAAUGCCAGGGCUAAGAAGGAGAAGACGAGCCCCAGGGUGUCGUGUGGCACCACCAAGUCCAAAGGGAAGGAGCAGGUGGUCGCGGCCAGGGGAGAUGAGCCACCGUGCGCCCGGAGUCAAGGCACCUGGGAGCAGCUGGAGGCCACUAAAGCCAUUUUUGAUCUACUGAAAGAAAUAUCAGGAAACUCCAUUCUCAUUAACAUAUUUGACGCCAUUUUGAAGCCCGUCAUGCCCAUUUUGAAAAAGAAAGUCAACUCCUUCUUGAACAAAAUGAACCCGAGUGAGACGCAGAUGGCGGCAUACAUCCAAACCCUGUGCGACAAAGCGUGGCCGCAGACCCCUGCGGCGACUUCUCCUCAGCCGCCACCUCGCACGGAGGAUGAGAAAAGCGAAACCCGGGAGCGGGCGCACAACCUCAUCAGCGCUCGAUACUCGCACUAUCUGGUCCUCAAGAAGACGGACAUGGAGAAUGUUUUUAACCUCUUCCAGGACGCUGAGAAAAACAAAGCACUCGUAUAUAUGCUCCUGUCAUUCCUGCUGCGGGAAUUGUUCCCCGACGACCAUUCCCUAAAUCGGAGUGCUGCUGCCCUGCAGAACGUGACCAACCUCAUCGCCUGAUCUGUGAAUGUCUUUUUAAUGCUGCUUUUUUAUAUAUAUAUAUAUAUAUAUAUAUAUAUAUAAUGUAUAAUUAUUUAUUAAACGCUCUGAAAUGCCUUCAAAUAUUUCCAAGCUACGUCAGUGCCAGUCAGCACAUUCUGAUAAUCUUUACCUCAAAUUAAACAGGAAUGUGACUUUUGCAUCAAAUUUGAUUUUAAUGCAUAAUCUCUCUUGGGGAUUCCUGUUGUGACA